GGGCCGCUCCCGCCGGUGCUAGCGGAGCCUGAGGCGGUCCCGGAGCGGCCGCGGGGGUUCGGGGCAGCGCCCGCAGCGCUCCCGGUGCCCCCGGAGCCGCCGGGGCUGCGGCGCCUCCGCCCCGCCCAGCCCCGCCCUGCCCUACCCGGCGCCGUUGUGGCGGCAGCCCCGCCGCGCCGCGCUUUCCUAUUGGCUGGCGCGCCGCCCCUCGCGCGAUCCCAUUGGCUGCGAGGCGCGAGGGCGGGGCCCCGGCGCGGCCCCUCCGUGCUCCCCCCGCUGCCCCGCGCGGGGGUUCCGCCGCCCGGCAGGCCCUGGGCGCAGGAAUCCCAAGAGGAAUCUGUAAAUCCUGGGAUUUUUACAUCUGGAAGUCCGGGAUGCACUAGAAUUCCAAGAAUUCCCUUUCCCUAAGGAAUGCAGCACCAUGCGCUGCCUGGCCCGCCUCAGCUCCAAGGCUCUCCUGGUUCUCUGCUCCCUCCUGGCUCUGCUCUCGCUGCUGCUCUGGACCCGCUGCUCCCACCAUUCCCAAACCCCUCCAAACCCCCCGGAACGCCGCGGGAUCCCCGACAGCGAGGAAGCCUCGCCCCAGGAUCAGCCAAAAGCCGCGGGAAUUCCGGGAAUCCCGGGAAAAGCGGCGCCCAGGUACGAGGAGAUCGACUGCGUCAUCAACGAGGAGCACACGGUGAAGGGGCGCCGCGAGGGCAGCGAGGUGUUCCUGCCCUUCAGCUGGGUGGAGAAAUAUUUCCAGGUUUACGGCCGGAUCGCCCAGUCCGACGGGAAUGAGCGCUUCGAGUUUUCCCACAGUUAUUCCAAGGUUUACGCCCAGCGCGCUCCCUACCGGCCCGACGGCGUCUUCAUGUCCUUCGAGGGGUACAACGUGGAGCUGCGCGACAGGGUCAAGUGCAUCAGCGGCGUGGAAGGAGUUCCUCUCUCCACCCAGUGGGGCCCUCAGGGCUACUUCUACCCCAUCCAGAUCGCCCAGUACGGGCUGAGCCACUACAGCAAGAACCUGACGGAGAAGGCGCCGCACGUGGAGGUGUACGAGACGGCGGGAGACGGGAACGGGAACGGGGAGUGGACCGUGCCCAAGGGCUGCUCCCUCGCCACCGUCUGGGACAAAUCCCGCCUCUCCGGAGUCAAGCAGUUCUCCUGCCCAGAGAGCUCCGAGGGCGUUUCCCUGGAGCUCAACAACGGCCGGGAUUUCAUCAUCUCCUUCGACCUGAAGCUGCUGAGCAACGGCAGCGUGUCGGUGGUGCUGGAGACCACGGAGAGGAACCAGCUCUUCACGGUGCACUACGUGUCCAGCACGCAGCUCAUCGCGCUGCGCGACCGCGACAUCUUCUACGGCGUGGGCGCGCGCGGCAGCUGGAGCACGCUGACCCGCGACCUGCUGACGGACCUGCGCAAGGGCGUGGGGCUCUCCAACACCAAGGCCGUGAAGCAGACCAAGAUCAUGCCCAAGAGGGUGCUGCGCUUGGUGGCCAGAGGCCGCGGCUUCCUGGACAACGUCACCGUCUCGGCCACCGCGCACAUGGCCGCCUUCUUCGCCGCCAGCCGCUGGCUGCUGCGCAACCAGGACGAGCGCGGCGGCUGGCCCAUCAUGGUCACCAGGAAGCUGGGGGAGGGCUUCAAAUCCUUGGAUCCGGGCUGGUACUCGGCCAUGGCGCAGGGCCAGGCCAUGUCCACGCUGGUCAGGGCGUACCAGCUGACCAAGGAGCCGGCGUUCCUGAGCGCGGCGCUGCGGGCCACGGCGCCCUUCAAGCUGCCGGCGGAGCAGCGCGGCGUCAAGGCGGUGUUCAUGAACCGGCACGACUGGUACGAGGAGUACCCCACCUCGCCCAGCUCCUUCGUGCUCAACGGCUUCAUGUACUCGCUGAUCGGCCUCUACGACCUGAAGGAGACGGCGGGCGAGAAGCUGGGCAAGGAGGCGCGGCUGCUGUACGAGCGCGGCAUGGAGUCGCUCAAGGCCAUGCUGCCGCUCUUCGACACCGGCUCGGGCAGCGUCUACGACCUGCGGCACUUCAUGCUGGGCACGGCGCCCAACCUGGCGCGCUGGGACUACCACACCACGCACAUCAACCAGCUGCAGCUGCUCAGCUCCAUCGACGACGCGCCGCUCUUCAAGGACUUCCUCAAGAGGUGGAAGAGUUACCUGCGAGGAGGCCGGGCUAAGCACAACUGAGGUUUUUUUUUUUGGUUUUUUUUUUUUGUUGUUGUUUUUCCCACCCACCCGUCCUUCCACGCCUUUUUUGAUGGAUUCUUCCCAGAAAAGGAAAAAAAAAAAAAGAAAAAAAAAAGUGGGCCUUAAAACUGCUCCGGCGCGGGAAGGUUUGGGAUUGGGAUGCAACUCGGAGGUUGAGAUUGGGUUUUGUUGGGAUUGGUUUGUUUUUUUUCCUUUUCCCAGGAAAAGGUUUGCAGAAGCCAUAGAAGCCUUGGAAGUGCGGUCGCUGCCUCUCGCAGCGGGAUUUUGUGUCCGUGUUGGAGCAGCUCCCGUGGGAUGAGCGCCGUCCACGGGAAUCACUCGGAGCCUGGGAGUGCAAAGUGUGGCUUUAAAGGAGGGGGGGUGGUUUUCCUUGGGAUUCGCUUUUUUUGGGAUGAGAAAUCCGCAGGUGGGAUUUUUUGCCGGCUCUCUGCCUGGACAUCCUGGAGCUGGAGGGGUUUUUUCAUGGAAAACACACGUGCCCGGCGUCGUGGAAGCACAACUGGGAGCCUGGAGCACACAGCCCCAGGUCACCAGCAUCAGUGUCCCCUGGGAGCUGGGAUCCCUUAUCCCAGUGUUCCUUUGGAGCUGGGAUCCCUUAUCCUGGUCACUGGAAUUCCCUUGGAGCUGGGAUCCCUUAUCCUGGUCACUGGAAUUCCCUCGGAGCUGGGAUCCCUUAUCCCAGUGUUCCUUUGGAGCUGGGAUCCCUUAUCCUGGUCACUGGAAUUCCCUCAGAACUGGGAUCCCUUAUCCCAAUCAUUGGAAUUCCUCAGAGCUGGGAUCCCUUAUCCUGGUCACUGGAAUUCCCUCAGAACUGGGAUGCCUUAUCCCAAUCAUUGGAAUUCCUCAGAGCUGGGAUCCCUUAUCCCAGUGUCCCCUUGGACCUGGGGUCCCUUUUCCUGGAUCUCUUUGUUUUCUCUGGGAUUUUGGAAUUCCAUCUGAGAGGUUCCUUGGAGCUUUGGGGACAUUUCUGGGACAUGAGGUCGUCUGGAGUCCCUCAGGAAAUUCAAGAAUUGGGGAAUUUUCGUUUCUCUCCUGCUCCAUCCAGCAGUUUAACAGUUCUAUCCCAGAGGUUUUUCCAGCUCUCCCUGUGCUGGAAUUCCCAGAGAAGCUGUGGCUUCCUCUGGAUCCCUGGAAUGUCCAAGGCCAGGUUGGAGCAGCCUGGGACAGUGGAAGGUCCCUGUGGAAUGGGAUGAGCUUUAAGGUCCUUCCCACCAAACCAUUCCAUGAUUCCAUGAUCCCACCUGCUGCCUGAACUCGUGGAUGGACUUUGGGAAUUCCCACUGCUCCCAUUCCAUGUUGGAGCUGAUCCCAAUCCCAAAAUCCCGGGCACAAGGACGACACCCAUCUCCAUCUUUUCAUUGCUUUCACUUUUUGAGGCUUUUCCUUCUUUUCUCACCGACCUUGGAGCGACUUUUCCCGGCUUUAAUCCGGUCGGAUCCGUCCAUCCGAUGGACGGUGGAGGAGAAAUUCCAAUACCAAAGGUAGCAGGGGGGAAUUUUUUCCAUGCCCAUGGAAACCCAACGGACGCAAACCCACCCCAAACCUGGGAUUCCUUCCCAAAAAAAAUCUGCCCCUUCCCAAAAAUCCGCUCCGUCCUCCCCCCACGUGUUCCUUCC